AUGGAGAUUAAAGAGGUUUAUUUUGGAUACAGUCACUCUGGUGAUGAAUUUGAAGUCGAUAGUCCAAGCGACCCAUAUUACGAUGGGGAUGACGUUGAUAAGGAUCCCAAUUAUAUACCCGAUUCUGAAGAAAUUGCCAAUAAUUAUUAUAGUACCACCUUGCUCGCAGAUAAUAAUGAUAUCAUGUUUGGUAAUGAGGUAGAAGUAGAAGCUAAAACACUGAAUAUAACAGAAAAUGAGGAAAGUGCAGUUGAAAGACAAUUAUCUAAUGGGGAAACAGCUGACAAGGUAGCCAGGCUCACUAGAAAACGGAAGCGCUGUCCAGAACAAUGGGUAAGAAAUGUAAAGAAAGACGCACGCGAGCAUGGACAAGCAUAUGUGAACUGGAAAGGAAAAAAUCGUAAGAAAAAACAAGUGAGAGAUUUAAAAAAUUGUCACCAAAGCUGCAAACUUAAAUGCAGCAAGAAAAUUUCAAGUGAAGAGAGAGAAAAAAUUAACAAAGAGUUUUGGAUUUAG